AUGGUUGUCCUUCGCAACAUCUUGGCUGCGGCCGUGGGCUUCGCAUCCUUCGUUCUCGGCCAAAACUUCAACAAUCCCGUGCUCUGGGAGGACCUCGCUGACAACGAGGUCAUCCGCGUCAACGAUGCCUACUACUACACGGCGUCGACGAUGCACUACUCGCCGGGGGCCCCCAUCCUGCGCUCGUACGACCUCGUCAACUGGGAGUACCUCAGCCACGCCGUCCCGUCGCUGGACUGGGGCUCCAAGUACAGCUUGACCGGGGGCCAGCAAGCCUACGUCAAGGGCAUCUAUGCCUCCACCUUCAAGUACCGCAAGAGCAACGGGAUGUGGUACUGGAUCGGCUGCAUCGAGUACUCCGCCACGUACGUCUUCGUCGCUCCGUCGCCGACGGGCCCGUGGACCCAGAAGGCCAGGAUCGCCACGUGCUACUACGAUGCGGGCCUCCUCAUCGACGACAACGACACCAUGUACGUGGCGUACGGGAACACCCAGCUCAGCGUCGCGCAGCUCUCCAGCGACGGCCUGUCCGAGGUGCGGAAGCAGGUCGUGUUCUCGACCCCGUCCAAUGUCGGGACCCUGGAGGGCAGCCGGAUGUACAAGCGCAACGGCAAGUACUACAUCUUCGUCACCAAGCCGGCGAGCAGCCAGUACGUCCUCCAGGCCAGCAGCCCCUGGGGCCCGUACACCCUCAAGGCGCUCGCCCUGAGCGUGUCCGCGCCUGUUUCCGGGGCGGGAAACCCUCACCAGGGCAGCCUCAUCGACACGCCGGACGGCAAGUGGUACUACAUGGCCUUCAUCGACGCCUACCCGGGCGGUCGGCUCCCCGUCUUGGCCCCGGUCACCUGGGGCUCCGACGGCUUCCCGGCCGUGACCCUGUCCAACAACGCCUGGGGCACUUCCUACCCUUACCCGUCGACGCAACGCUCCGUGCAGUCCCCGCUCGGCACCGACUCCUUCAGCGGGUCGUCCCUCGGCCCGGCCUGGGAGUGGAACCACAACCCGGACACGAGCAAGUUCAGCGUCAACAACGGGCUGACCCUGAGCACGGCCACGGUCACGAGCGAUCUCUACGCCGCUCGCAACACGCUGACGAAGCGUAUCCACGGCCCCGUCGGGACCGGUACCGUGCUCAUCGACUUCACCAACCUGGCCGAUGGCGACCGCGCCGGCCUGUCGCUGCUGCGCCAGGACUCGGCAUACAUCGCGGUUGCGCGCUCCGGCUCGAGCUACUCCAUCGUCAUGUACAACGGCCUCAAGAUGGUCGCGAGCACCUGGGCCACUUCGUCGACGGGAUCCCAAGCCGCGAGCGUGGGCGUCUCACAGCGCCGCGUCUGGCUCCGCGCCACCGCCGACAUCAAACCGGGCUCCGGGAAGAGGGGCUCCUUCUCGUACAGCCUGGACGGCAACAACUUCGUUUCUUUCGGUUCCCAGCUCACCUUGAACAACGACUGGCCCUUCUUCAUGGGCUACCGAUACGGCAUCUUCAACUUUGCGACCAAGUCGCUCGGUGGCUCCGUAAAGGUUGUGUCUUUCACGAGUGCGGCAAGCUAA